AGCAUUUAGAUUUAACAUUUAGCAUUUAGAUUUAACAUUUAAAAUAUCACUAAAUGUUGUAAAAAAUGACUCGAAAAAACAUGUUUUUGUAAGAUUUAGAGCUAAAUGUGGAAAAAUGUUGCCGUUAAUUUCGGCAUGUUUCAGUUUACAAACGGCGCCCCAUACGCCUGUGGGUGCUGUUCUCUAGUUGCAUGGAGCUUCUUGAGGUGGACAUGAAAAGGUCCUUAGAGAUAGCACAGGAUUUCCCCCUCAAGGUGCCCACAAGACACCUCAUCCAGACAGGGAUGACCGGCAGCACCACUACGGUGGCGGCCCGGGCCAUGAGCGUGCAGAAUAUGAAGUACGAGGCGGACAGCAAUAUCGACACGGCAGACCUCAGAGACCUGCAGGCCGAGAUCACCCAGGUGAGCCAGAUGAUGGAAGAGAUGGAGAUGAAGGUGCAGGUGGCGCCGUGGGCCGUUGAGGCGAAGCAGGAGGCAGGCGCUGAGCUCAAGUCCAACAUGAGUGUAGGGAAUUCCUCCGUGGGUGUCAUCUCGAUCUGCGAAGAGGAGCCCAAAGAAGAAGGUGGCGGAGGGAGCAGGGAGGCUGGUUUUGCGUCAAUCUGCGCUGUGAUUGGAUUCUUUGUCAUCGUUAUAGUCGCCUUGGUUCUAGGCUAUUUGGUUGUCAAUAUGUGAACUUUCUAACCAAAAGCCCACCCUGAUGGACAUCCUGUGAAGCUGCCCAGGGAGCAGUAAGACUCUGCAGGCCCAUAAGAAAGAGAAAGAGCGUCUUUUUGGGCUUGAAAAAUAAUGUGGACACGGAAAAGUUAUUAAGCUUUCCUGGAUUUGUGAAUGUAUUUGGCGGAGGUGAGAAAUUGCACUAGAUAAGCUAAAAUGUACUAGAAGAAUAUAGCCAAAGUGUGAAAAUAAUGGGAGUGAGGCACAAAAAGUAUUUUUGGGGGGAGGGCCAAUGGGCCAUUUAUUUUUGGAAGAGGGUGGGGAAAAAGGUCAUAAAAUUACGUGACAGAGUCUAGCCAUCAGGAUGAUAUAAACAACACGUAAUCCAAGUGGAUUAGUGGAAAAGCUCAAGCAGAAAUGUAGCCUACGGUUAACUAUUCUCAUGAUGUUCUGUGGAUUGAUGCUUUGCAUUCAGAAAAGUUAGAUCUGCUCAAACAAACAGGAAAAACAUCUAAAGAACGGUUGUCUUAUUGAAACUAUAGUGGAAGCCAGCACAGUUAAUCUCUGCUCCUCAAACCACACUGGUUGGAUGUUAUCAAAUCUGCACUCUUCUACACUCCUGUCAGCACCGUUUAAAUGCGUCAUAAUAAUCUGUAUAGCCAGAUUGUAAUAGGCCUGCAUCUUACUUUACUGCAUCAAAUCACAAUGUGCUUGAUGAGAGCCUUGGGACCGAAGAGAUGUUCACAGUCUUUUAAUAACGCACCCAUUCACUGUAAGCCUGCUCAUGUUCCUUUUCAGGGUUCUCUUGCACAGUGUUGAAUGUACAUUGCAACAUGAAUAGAAGGUUUGUAUAUACUGCUGUUUCAGAUAAUGUACAUACGAUCAAGUAUAUUUAUUAUAAUAAAACUUCGAAACACACUUGAAAAUAUGCUUGUAGUUUGAUAGGUGUUUUACAAACAAUGACCAGGCAUGCUUGUAAGGUCCCUUUGUGUGAAGGUUUGGUAAGUUGUGUACCUGGUAACUCAUAACCAGGCCUAGUUUGUAAUCACUGCAAAGCUAAGCUAGAGAUCUAUACAUCUAACACACAUAGAGAUAUUUUAAGAGGGGAAUUAUCUUAGACUUAACCACCUUAGGUUUAAAAUAGUACUUAAUUUAAAUGGAAAGGAGACUAUGCUUUAACUCCCUAAUAGUUUUACAUCUAAGAGCCUUUAAGGGUAUUCCUGGAUUGGCAUCCAGUUGAACUGGAAGCAGUCAGAGUCAAAGUUUCCAUGCAAGUGGUUGUUAGUUAAGGGUAGAUGCACACUAAGACAGUCUUCUUUAGCCCAACAUAAAUAUGAAUUCAAGUUAGUUAUUAAUUUGCAGAACAGAAACAAGUGCUGCUCCAGAAAUAUUUUCAAGUCACAUACAUUGGUACAUUAGGCUACAAACAACAACCUUAACAUAUAGAGAGAUAAUGCAUCUAAUGCUUAUCAAACCAUCCUAAAAUUCAUAAAAUAAUAUUAUGCAAGGAUUGAAAGCAUCUUCCACUUUUAAACUCCACAGAAGGUUUGACAAAAAAUGUAAAAAGUCGAAAAGACAAAAGUACACUUAAAAACAAAGAUAGCAAAUUUGUUGGUAUAAGCAUGCAUGUAGAUAUUUUCAGAAAGGUACAUGUGGGUAAAAUUUUAAAUGAUGAAAAAUGUUGGUCUAAAAAUAACAAUGGUCAUUGAAACUUUGUCAUAAUUUGGGUUGAAAAUCACAGUAACUUGUAGUUUGAUACUUCCAGGCUAAAAUAUGGAAGAUGGUAUCACACGACUCCAUUUCUUACAUAGCCAUAAUGUCUGUGUAAGUGAAAUAGAAAACCAGAUUUAUGCACAAACACAUUGCAUUUUUGUGUCAGAGUGUGUGUGUGUUAUCAUUAUUAUUCAUUUAAAAAACAAGCCAAUUCAUGUAAGUAGGUGUCUAAUUUUCUUUCCCCAACAGACCACCGUGUUCAUCCUGUGAGUUUCCUCAUCUUCAUUGCAAGUUGGUUAACUUAUGUUCACUAAACUCUCAUUCAUUUGAUGAGCGAAACAACAAACAGUCAUGAAAGUAACGACUCUGGUCAUCAGUCAAAUCAGCAGUGGGUCCAUUUAGAUUGACAAAAGAGCCAAUUUAACUAAAAAUAAUAAUUCAAGAUAAAUAUUUACACAGUUUGAUGCAAAUUUUAAUGAAAAGUCUGUUUAAAUGCUGGCACAUGAAAAGCUGCACAUCACACGAGCCCUGAUAGGACCCUAAUGAUCAGCUUCUUCACUAUUAAGGAUAUGUAAAACCUUGUAAAGGUAUUCAAGUUUCAGAUUCAGAUUCAUUUCCUGUUUCCAGGAAAUGAAUCUCUCUCUCUUCUCCACCUCUCAAUACAGAAAUCCUGUGGAGAAACAUUAAAAGAAAAUAGUAUAACAAAGUAAACAAAGUAGAUAAAAUGCAAGAUAAUUCAUCUUCUAGCAAAAAAGCUGAAAGCAUUCUUUGGCAAGACUUUGAUGUGUGAAAAUCAGUGGCAUGCUCUACUCACAUCUGAUUCACAGUAGGCUUUCUGACAUCUUGUUUAUCGUUGCUGUCAUUUCACAGAGGCACUAUGCUCUUCUAACAGUGAGUCAUGGACCUUGAAUCUCUCGAAACUCAUGACAGACUUACAUUGUCAUCCGGAAAUCUAAAAAUAUAAAAGCGAUUAAUUAAACAUGAGGAUGAGAGGGAGGAGAUUUAAGUAGAGAAUGAGAUGAAGCAUCCUCAAACGCUGCCCUUUAAAAUUAGUUCCACUCUCUUCCAGAGGAAGAGGAGUAUUUAUGCAACAUGCAACUCAGAGACUGUUUCACUUUUAAAUUGCUUUUUAAAAAUUUCGGUUAUGCAAGAUGUUCCUGAAAAUAGCCACAGCAUCAAAUAUUUAGAGUGCUCCAUCACUCACCUUUACAGGUGAGUAAAUCAGGUUUCUCAACAUCUGUUUGGAGGUAUUUUAUUUUAACUUAUGCACAACAAAACCAUGUAUUUGCUUCAUUCGCUCGCUUGGAUACAAGCACACUAAGCAGACUGGUUCACAAAGAGGUGAGCUACACACUUGGCAGACACAGACCACUGCAUCAUCACUUCAUCUGGACUUAGAUGGUGGGUUUCCAAGGUUGUGAGUUGCCAUAGAAACCCUUAACAUACUCUGCAAACAGCACAGAAGGUUGAGCAGCGUUAUUUCAACUCACCCGCUUUCUGCCACCACCAUCCUACACACACGGCACUCUGAAGCAGAAAGAGAUGAGGUGUGAGGACAGGGGAGGGCAAAAGGGGACAGAAGUUCUGCAUCUUUUAUCAAGCUGACAGGUAAAAUAUGUCAGAAAGAUAAAAAACAGACUGAGGGCUGCUGACUCGCUACAGUGUGUCUCUUCAUUUUUUUUCUGGGAGAAAUGUUUCAGUCAGAUCAGAGUGACAUUAAAGUACUUUUUCUGAUGAACACAGGCGACAUUAUGACAGCAUAUUUAGAUCUAUCUCUUGUGCUGGUUCAGACUCUUCCCACGUGUUCUGGUCGUCUAAGCAGUCCAGCAGACAGUGGUCUGUCACAUUUAAAGUGCACUUUGUGUUUUUGAGAGUUGAUACCAAAAACAGUUACGGAAAAAAAAAUCCUGUCUUAAAAUACUGUACUGGAGAGAUGUGAGAGACGAGGCUAUGGGUACGCUGAGCCAUAUCGUGCCAUCGGCCCCUCUGGCCAACACCAGUAGGCGGUAGGGUAAAGUGUCUUGCCCAAGGACACAACGACCAGGACAGAGAGAGCAGGGGGAUCGAACCGGCAACCUUUUCGGGAGCCAUAGAUAUUUUUUUCAACUUACUACAGAAGAAAGAACAUUAUGAAUAAAGUGGUAAUAUACUUUAUUUACAUUUUAAAUUUUGAGGUUGAAUUAGUGAAGGUGCACUUCUGAAUUGCACCUUUUCUAAAAUGGUGACUGGUGCAUAAUGUACUGGAACUCUGGGGGUGAGUUCAACCAAUGGCCUCUUUUAUCUCAAAUUAAUUUUGUAUCUGUACAAAGCUUGCUGUUAUGACAGUUAAGUGAAAGCUGAAAGCUAAAAAGAAUUUUUUUUAAAUCUUUGGAUGCUCAUGUUCCACAAAAACCAAAAUUUGUCAUGUCUUGGAUUUCAUUUCGGACAUGACAAAUCAUAUCCAGACUUUUACUUCAAAUCCUGGUUAAUAGGAACUGUUUUCUCAGAUGGUUUAACAAACUACCUCACACCACCCUCAUGGAGCCUGUGUCUGGCUGUUUGAUAAGAAACAUGCAUGAUUAGCCCUUUUGAAGUCUAUUUGAAAGAACAGAAGAAACACUUCCAGAGCUCUGGUAGUGUUUCUCCUGUUUCUUUCUCAUAUAAAGAAGCAGAUACCAAUCCUGCUGCUGGAUUGAUGCUCUUCCACACUUUUGACGUUGAUAGUUGUGAGAUACAGGGAAUUCUUUUAGACAGUAUAAACAGGUAUGCCAUCCUGGAGGAGCUGGACUACCUGUGCAACCUGAAUGUACUUUAGGUACUGUUUCAUACUACCAGUAUUGACAAGGACACUACUGAAAAAUCACAGCAAAGGAGAGGAAGCACUCAUCUGUGGCCACCACCUUUUUUUGUUAUUGCCCCUCCAAUGCAUGUGUUAUCACUUUGAUUUGCACCAAAAUUAAUGAAAUUGAUUUAAAGCAGUCUAUGUCUCUAUGUUCCCUACAAUAUGCCUGAAAGUUAACUGACAUUGUGUUAUACUGUGAUGAUUGAACUGAAUUGAGAGCCUCAAAUUUAAUAGGACAAACCAUUUGGCUCAUUACUUAUGCCCAUCACAAAUAAUCAUAAGAUAUAGCACAAAAAGGCGGGUUAAAACAGCGUUAUUGAAAAGUUAAUAUGAAUAAUGAUUAAAUAUGCUCAAUAAUAAAUUCAUUUAUAUUGGCAAACAUCCUGCAUGGCCCUGCAUGGCAUUUACACAAAGUAUUUCUCACAAGGCUUCAAUUUGUCCUGAAGGACACCGUUCUGGAAAACUUCCACUUAUGCACUCAUCUAGACAAGGACAACCAUGAACACACACAAGAAGACACUCAUGUUUGUCAGCAGCUUUUAUGUUUAAAUUAAUCAGGUUUAACACAUUUCAUUAACAGCAUUGCUGUUUUCAAUCUAUAUUUCCAGUAAUAAGCACAACUGAUCAAACACAGCCUUCAGCUUUCAUUACAACAACUGCGACGAAGUUUGAGGACACUCUGGUCCUCUGUAUAGUCAUGAAGAACAUGUCUUGGGAUCACAAUAACCAUAUAUAAAUUUUUAUUGGAACAAAAACCUGACCUCUUAAUGCAUCUGUGUCUGUGCAGGCAGGUCUGUACAAAUAAAAAUCACAACUUGCUAAAAUGGUAGCUGAUUUAGUUUGUUAUAAGUGCAGCAGUUUAAAAAAAUCAUAAAAAUGCAUGUUUUCACAAUGAAAAUAAUUAUGCUGCUAAUAACCAUAACUCUGAUCUAAUCUUUAAA